AUUGUAACAAAAACAAAUUAUGUCUCAUUUGAAAGACAGGUAUGAAUUUGAAUAAAAAUAAGAAGGUUUCUAUAUUAAUGAGUAAAAUUUGAAUAAUUAUUGGAUAGAACAAUAGGACUAGAAUCGAUAAUGAUUAAUCAAAAAUAUUAAAUUAAAUUUAAUGGGACUCUAUCUUGCAACACCAAAACUUGAAAAAUAAACAGUUAAAGGAGAGAAUAAAUAAUUUAUUUUCUCAGCAACUAAAAUGCAAGGUAGCUCUUUAAAUUCAUAAGGUUGUAGGAAAACUAUGGAAGAUACUUAUAUCUCUAAUUUGGAUAUUGAACCAGGAGUUUCUUUAUUUGCUAUAUUUGAAGGAAAUGAUGGCAAGGAAGUAGCUAUCUUUGCAUAGAAACAUUUUGUGGAAUAAUUAUUGGCAAACAAAAAUUACUUAAAAAAAGACUAUAAGCAAGCUUUAAUUGAUACCUUUUUGAAUAUAGAUCAAUUACUUUUUAAGCCAGAAGGCCAAGAAGAAUUAAAAAAAAUUAAAGAAAAUAAUGAAGGUAUGGACUUAAAAUAAUAUAAAUUUUCAUAGAAUCACAAGCAGGAUGCACAGCAAAUGUUGCUUUAAUAGUUGGGAAAACAGUUUAUUUAGCUAAUGCUGGAAAUUUAAGUGCAAUACUAUGUAGAGAUAAUGCUCCAUAUGAAUUGAGUAAAGACCAUAAACCAGAUGAUGAGAAGGAUAAAAGAAGAAUUGAAUAAGCUGUAGGUUUUAUUUUGAGUCCAAGAAGAAAUGGUAUAAAAUUUAGUUAAAGGAAAGAUCAUUUACCUGCAAGGAGAGCAUUAGGAUAUUAAAAAUAUAAAUAAAAUCAAACAUCAAGUCAGGAGGAACAAAUUAUAAUAGCACUUCUAGAUGUGAAAGUGGAAGAAAUUCAAGCAAAUGAUAAGUUAUAACGUUUUAAAAGUCUAUAGAUUUGGUCUGAUGGAGUAUUUGAAAUUUGGAAUCAACAAUAAAUAAUAGAUAUGGAAAUUCUUAGAUCAAAUCAAAAGUGACAUAAGAAGCUAUGUAACAAACUUUAGAAGGAUUAUUUGAUUAGAUAAUCGCUAAGGAUGUAUAUAGUAAAAAUGAUAAAGAAAUAAAUAGAUGGGAUUGGCUGUGAUAAUAUGACGUGC